CAUCACACAUCGCAGUUUCGCAUUAUAAAUGGUGCAAGUGCAUCCAUAACGCAGUUCCCGUACUUGGUAUCGGUGCAGCGUAAAACCUUCUACAGCAGAUAUCACAUUUGCGGUGGAACUUUCAUCAGCUUGCAGUGGAUUAUGACGGCAGCACAUUGCUUGGUGGCCGAAACAACCGAUGGAUUGGUUAUCCGAGCGGAAUCGUCUUUCCAUGAUCGAGGCGGUGUAUUGCUCAGGGUAGACGUGAUCAUCGUUCAUGAUCAGUAUGCGAAUACCGAUGACGACUAUGACUUUGGAUUGAUUCGGUUGAGGCGACCCUUUCGGAGAGCCCAAGUGGUAGGAUUGAGAAAUGGCCCAAAGCGGUUUCCACCGGGUUUCCUAUGCGAUGUGAUGGGAUGGGGCAAAACUAACUACUCAAAAGUAAGCUAUCGAUUGAGGAGAGUUUCGUUGCCAAUUGUGAAACAGAGCAUAUGUCAAGCUGCGUACAGAGGAAGAAGGUACAAUGUCACACGAAGAAUGCUGUGUGCCGGAUUCACGGAAGGUGGUCAAGACGCUUGCAAGGGUGAUUCCGGAGGACCCCUCGUUUGCAAUAAGACGCUGACAGGUAUAAUAUCUUGGGCAAUAGGUUGCGCGUCUCGAAAUUUUUACGGAGUUUACAGUGACAUUACUCAAGUGCGUGCUUGGAUACGAAAUAAAACAGGAGUUUAG